AUGCGACGCCAGUGGUGGGCCAACGUCGCUCGUAGUAUGGCACGGUGCCCUGCUCGAGGCAUGUCGACGUCUUGUGCGUGUGCUGCAGCCAAGGAACGGCCUCAGCCUGGCGACUUGAAUCAUUACUCUCGCAUUAUUACCCAGCCCAAAGACCAGGGCGCGUCCCAGGCUAUGCUGUAUGCAACGCAUGGAAUCGAGUCCGACUCCGACCUUAAGCGUGCUAUGGUGGGUGUUGCAAGUGUGUGGUACGAAGGUAAUCCGUGCAAUGCGCAUCUCCUGGGCGUGGGCCAGCGCAUUCGUCAGUCACUGGACAACGCUGGUGUCACGGGCUACCAGUUUGGCACGGUCGGUGUGUCGGACGGUAUCAGUAUGGGUACAAGUGCCAUGUCUUAUUCUCUCCCGAGUCGAGAUCUCAUCGCUGACAGCGUUGAAAGCUGCAUGGGUGGCCAUUGGCUCGAUGGCUGUGUCGUGGUGCCUGGCUGUGACAAGAACAUGCCGGGUGUGCUGAUGGCCCUCGGUCGCCUGAACCGACCGGGUAUUAUGGUAUAUGGUGGUACGAUUCGCCCAGGUCAUUGCGAGUCCAUGUCUGGCACGCUUGAUAUUGUGAGCGCUUUUCAGAGCUACGGCCAAUAUCUGGCUUCUGGUAGCUCGCCUAGUGCCGAAAAAGUGCGCUACGAUACUGUGCGCCACGCAUGUCCCGGUCCAGGUGCAUGUGGUGGUAUGUACACGGCCAACACCAUGGCGUCUUGUGCUGAGGUGCUUGGUAUGACGCUGCCUGGCAGUAGUUCCUUCCCUGCGGAAUACGACGAGAAGAAGGCCGAAUGCGAUUCCAUUGGUCAGGCCAUGCGUACGCUGUUGGAGAAAAACAUUCGUCCACGCGACAUUAUGACGCGCAGUGCAUUUGAAGACGCGAUCACGCUCACCAUGGUGCUGGGUGGCUCUACGAACGCUGUGCUGCACUUACUCGCCAUGGCCAAGAGUGUCGGCGUCGACUUGACGAUUGACGAUUUUCAGCGCAUCAGUGAUGCCACACCAUUCCUGGCCAACCUCAAGCCUAGUGGCACCUACGUCAUGGAGGACGUCCAUCGUGUGCUCGGAGGUAUCCCAUCGGUUGUGCACUACCUGAUCGAAAACAAGCUUAUCAAAGGUGAACACCUGACCGUGACUGGUCUUACACUCCGUGAGAACUGCGAGCGGUGGGUCGCUGAACGUGGUCCUAUGCCCAAGAAUCAGGACGUACUACGCCCGAUCGACCAGCCCAUCAAAAGCACAGGUCAUAUUCGUGUGCUGUACGGCAACCUCGCGCCAGGCGGUGCGGUAGCCAAGAUCACGGGUAAGGAGGGCCUGCAUUUCACCGGCAAGGCUCGUGUAUUUGACACAGAGGAUGACAUGGUGCAUGCUGUGGAGCAAGGCUCCAUCAAGAAGGGCGAGAAGACGGUAAUAAUUCUCCGUUACAAGGGCCCCAAGGGUGGUCCGGGUAUGCCAGAAAUGCUCAAGCCCACGAGCCUCAUCAUGGGCGCCGGUCUUGGUCAUGAUGUGGCUUGCCUGACAGAUGGGCGCUUCAGUGGUGGAUCGCACGGUUUCGUGAUUGGACACGUCGUCCCAGAGGCACAAGAGGGCGGUCCUAUUGUUCUCGUCCAGGACGGUGAUGUCAUCACCAUCGAUGCUGAAAGGAAUACGAUCAAUAUGACCAGCGUAACCGACGAAGAACUAGAACAGCGCCGUGCUGCAUGGAAGCCUCGUCCGUUGAAGGUGACGCAGGGCGGCUUGUAUAAAUACACACGCCUCGUGUCAGAUGCAAGCCAGGGUUGUGUCACAGACGCUUAG